GCCAAGGACCUCUGCAUACCACAAUUCCAGAAGCCCGCAGCAGAACAACAAAAAAAGUAACCUCACAUUGGAUUCCAAGAAUGACCAUCUGGAAGAGUCAGUCAGUGUGCAAGUGCAGGAAUUGAGGAAAGAAAACCAAGUGUUGCAGUGUACAAUGUCUGAGUUGGAAGUCUGGGUUCAGUCCCAGGAGAAGGAGAUCAAAAAUCACCUGAACAAGUUGCAAGAAGUGCAGUUGUUGCUGGAGAAAUCCAAAGGCGAGCUGGCAGUGAAAGAACAAGCUCUGAGUAAGAGCAGGGAUGACCUUGAGAGAGCAGCUGUGCAGCAGGAGCAAACCAAAAACAAGUGUGCACUUCUGGAACAGAAGUUGAAGCAGCUUUCUGAGGAGCUAAACUGUCAGAGGCAGAAUGCAGAAAGUGUUCGACGCACGAUGGAGCAAAAAUCAAAGAACAGGGAGAAAGAAUAUCAGCAGGAGCUGUCUGACCAGCAACGUGCAUAUCGUAGCCUUGAACAUCAGUGCAAGCAAGAGAAAAACCAACUGAACCAGGAGAUCCAGCAGCUCAAGACUGAACACUUGGCUUUACAGGCUAAAAUUAAUAAAAUGGCAGCAGGCAAGCAGUUGGUGGAUAAAGAGCUGGAGGAAGUCAAAGCAAAAUUUCACUGGGCAGAGAAGGAGCUUGCAACUCGCCAGAAGAAUGGGGACGAUCUUCAGAAAAAUCUUCAGUGUGCACUGAAGGAGAAGGAACGUAUCAGUACUUGGCAAGAGCAAAGUGCACAGAGAAUCAUACACCUAGAAACACAACUGGAAAGACUGGAGCAACAGUUAGCACUGAGUCAGAGGUCGAGAGAAGAGUUGAAAGCUGAAAACCUGGCUCUUACGUCCCUACUGAAAGAUCUACAGGUGAAAUUGGAUCAUCAGAACGAGACAAACCCUGAGAGCAUGGAUCCAUCAGUGACCUUAUGCAAGUCGAAUGAAAAUGACGGAGUCGAGGUCAGCAAACCUAACCCGAAUGAAGAGCAGAGGACCUAUCAAUCAAAUGAUGGAGACCCUAGUGAUAUAGUGACAGUAUUGGAAUUGCAGGUGGAAGCCAAAGAGAAAAUAUUGGACUUGAUGGAAGAUGGUCAACUGGGAAAAUUGGAGCAGAUGGCAAAGUCUGUUAACUUGGAGCCAGGUACUGGGGACAACAUGGAGGAAGAUCACCUUUCAGACAUGGAGGUAAACUUGGAAACCGAACAGUGUGGAAAAUCAGUAGAACCCCAAAUUUUGGGAAAGCAACAGAUACGUUCCAUGUUCUGA